AAACUAGUUAUUCCUUCUCCUGCAUUUAAUUGCGAAUAUCGUUUCGUAAAUAAAAGCUGAUAGAUUUUUGAAAACUAGUUAUUCCUUCUCCUGCUGGUUACUUGAUUAUUAUGCAAGGACAUUAAAUGUAUCAGUCCUCUGCUCAACAGUGAGUCCUGGCUUCCAUUUUCAAGGCUGAAACCAAAUGUUAAACAAGAAAGGGGUGUUCUGGGAGAUAAAAUUGUCUUUUAAAAAACAUUAACAGAACAGAAAAGGUUUAAAAAACCAUUAAAAACCAAAUAUUAUAGUUUGACAAGAUCCACAGUUUGUGUUUAUGAAUGAGUUCAAUGAAAUGGAAAACGUUAUGAAUACCCCCCAAGACUCGAGUCCAUAUAAUCUGUAGCAUUCUCAGAGCAUAAAAAAUAUAGCUAAGAAUACAUACAAAGUUCGAAGAAUGUUUGGUGUAAUACUUGAAGUUAGAAGGUAGCAAAUGGCAAGAACAAGAUUGUCAAAUGGUUUCUGUCAUGGAUAAUAACAAUAAGGUUGGACGAAUUUUCUUGAAUUGCGUUUGGAUCUUUUCUAAAAUUACCUGUUCUUAGUAAGAUUUGAUCCUGUGAAUAGAUACUUCGCAAAACUUGAGGAAUUUUGUGUAUGAAACUAAUUCCAUGUAAAUAUAUAAUAUUUUUAAAAAUUUAAUGUCAAAACUCAAAUAUAAGACUUCAGGUUGAAUGAGUUUAUUCUUCUUUAACAUGCUAUUGGGGGCAGUUUUGCUGAGAAUUCUCCCUCGUAAACUCAACUCCUAAGACCAGCAUAGCAAUUAACUUUUCUUGAAAAUGGGAAGCCUUCCUGAACAUUAGUUUUCCAUUUUUUCAGGCCAGGCUCCACUUAAUAAUGUUAUCUGUAUGUUUUUCUUUCAAUUCCUCAAAUAAAUUUGUUCAGCAGGUGUCAAAGCUUUCUCAUGUUGACUGCUGUCAUCUGGCUGAUUUUCCACCUUUGGUUGCUUGUUUUUCGUUCAUUACAUCUGAUCUUCAAAUAAGUACUGGUGAAGUGCGAAGCAGUCCUACAUGGCUAUGUACACCAUUACUGGGAACCACGGUCGGUCGAUCAAAUGUUGAUCCCAAAGAGAAAUGCUAAGAAAAUCGGUGCUGAUGUCGUCGAUUGUCUGGCAAACUUCUAUCCUCACCAAGGUCUUGAAAUCCUUAUUUUACAGUCUCCUUUGCUCACUUGUGGUCACUUGCAGACCAAUUUGGGAAGGUAGUCAGUAUGAGGAUGAUGAAACCAAGCGGCGGGAAGCACUUCGUUUGGCAAUGCAAUUGAGAGCUAACUAUAUUGAUUUUGAGCUUGAGAUUUUUCAUGAAUUCAACGAUUCCAUGGAUGGAAAGAAACCUGAUAAAUUCAAAGUCAUUGUUUCAUCUCACAAUUUUCACAAUACUCCAACUGCUGAGGCCAUGGCCGAUCAUUUUACGAGAAUACAAGCCACUGGAGCUGACAUGGUGAAGAUUUCUACAACUGCAUUAGACAUAAAAGAUUACGGAAAACAUUUUUCGGGUUAUGGUGCAUUUUCAAGUAAGCAAUGCACAAAUUUCAUGGAACUCUUUUCCGAGAUUUUGGUCAUAUCAUCUAUGAAAUUUCCACAUAAAUGCGUCUCUAUCAACCAAAACUACAGGUCCCAAUUAUAGGAGUUGUAUGGGGUGAAAGGGGCUUGAUUUCAUGGUUACUAUAUCAACUCCUGGACAAUCUACUGCAGAGGAUUUGGGGCGGUGCUUCUUGUUUGAACUCUGAGUCUGCGACGUGAAUCACGUGGUCGGGGAUAGAACCCAGGCCCAUCAUUCAUCAUUCACGUGGUUGGGGAUGUUGACCCAGGCCCAUCAUUUUGCAGCAUGCUUUGAGACGCAUAUGGAAUGUCUGAUUUUACCCUUAGCGAGCAGGUUUAGGUUUAGGGGUGAUAGGGUCCUUUUAAUGGGACCUUUUAUUAAUUACAUUGAAAAGGGUUAAUUGAUAUUUUUCAAAUUUUUAUCUACAGUGUAAUUAUUAAAUGACGCUAAAAAAAAGUUUUUUUUAGUUUCAUGAGCAAGUCAACUGCUCCUCGAAAAUAAUAUUUCUUAAUUAUAGAU